AAUCAGCCUACAAUCAAAACCAAAACCCCCAAAUUGAAAGUUAGGGUUUUCGAGCUUCAUCAUUCAUCAUCAAUGGCGGAAGCAAUUUGUAGAGUUCUCCGAGAUGGAGCACUAGAGGGAGAACUCGCUCCAGCUCUUACCAUCAAAGAUUUUAUUCUCUCCCCUCUUUCUUCCCAUGUCUUUGAUCACGUUCUCUCUCAACUAUAUUCCUUCAUUUUGGCGGGAAAAUCGCAAUCUAGAGGAAUCGUGAUUGUGGCAUUUUCUCGAAGUCCUUCGUAUUAUAUGGAUUUGCUGAAAAAUGGAGGAUUUGACGGUGAUUCCUUGAAUAAAUGGGUUCGGAUACUGGAUUGUUAUACAGAUCCUCUUGGUUGGAAGCAUAGGCUGAAGGAAAGUGGGAAGAUUGGCACUUGCCCUGAUUCUACGUUUGGGGUGACAGUUUUCAGGGAUGUGAAGAAUUUGGAGAAAUUGCUUUGGGAAGUUCUCGAACUGGGCAAAGGAAUUGUUGGAGAAGGAAAGGAUCGUUUCUGCAUAGCAAUUGACUCGGUAACAAGGUUACUUAGAGAUGUCUCGUUGUCAUCUAUAGCUGGUUUUCUUAGUAGCAUUCGUAGUCAUGAACAAGUUUCUUGUGCCUUUUGGACGUUGCAUUCAGAUAUUCAUGAGAACCGUACUAAUGCUGCUCUAGAGUACAUGUCAUCUAUUGUGGCUAGUGUGGAAGGUGUAACUCAACUUAAUAGUGGACAACAAGGCCUGUUUUUGCUUGUGCAAAAUCUUAGAAAAGCAAAAUUCAGGGUACACCUCAAGCGCAGAAAUGGAAGAGUUAAAUUAAUGUCUGAAGAAGUUCACGCUGAUCCAUCAGGAAUUACUUUUACGUCAAUUUCUUUUGAAGAAGAUUUGAUGGCACAGACACUGGUGCCAAAGGUACAAUUUAAUCUACAGUUGUCAGAAAAGGAGCAAAUCGAUCGUUCAAAUGUUGUCCUUCCUUUUGAGCACCAAGAAUCAGACAAAGCAAAACAAAUUUACGAUGGCCGGCGAUCUCUCAUGGAGGAGCAAAAUGGGUAUUCAAUUAAAACUGAAAAAUCACAAGUAACUGAAAAUUCUUCCAUAGGGGAAAUUGUUUACUUUCGCGAUUCAGAUGAUGAGAGGCCAGAUUCUGAUGAAGAUCCUGACGAUGACUUGGACAUAUAGAUUGCUUUGUACUAGUAUUUUAUUUUGUUUUGUAUUUGAGCAGUACAAAAUGUUAAAUCUUGUAAAAGUUAUUUUUUAUGAUUAUGUUAUAUGUCAAGUAUUUAUUUAUUUUUUAUAUUGAUGAUAAUAUCUUUUGUUAGGGGUGAUUAGUUAAUUAUUCCUAUUGUUAUUCC